AUGGAGCAUCAUAUGAAUAAUCAAAAUGCUCAUCACGAUUCUGCCCACAAGGGCGCUCAUUUAGAUCCGAAUGAUCCAGCUUAAACUCUUGGAAACUAAGGCAUAAAGGAGAAAAAGACGUUUUAUCUAGAGACAUCAGCUUUUCUUACUGGAGUAAAUAUAGUAGAGAAAGGACCUAAGAGACUUGACGAUAAUAUCCCCAAAUCAGCUGAAAUAAAUUAGCAUCAUUUAAAAUUAAAUGAACUCAUUUCUGAUCUAGGUGGUAAAAUAUCAGAUGUGAUUAAAGAUCACGAAAACGAUUUCUUCGUAGCUUUCAAAAAUAAAAUGUAUGCCAUAAUGAAAGAAAUGAGAGAGUUAAAAGAAAAAGCUAGCAGUGAAAGACAUAAAGCUAAAUAAGAAGCAAGACUUAUAAAUUUGGAAAAAGAAAGAGAUUGGUUCAGACGAGAAGCACUCAAACUAGAUAAGAUGUGCAAAGACCAUAAAAGAAUAUUAAAUAAACUAAAAGCGACUUUAGAAAAUAUUGAAGAGGAUAGGGAUUUCUUUUAAGAGUAACUUUUUAAUGCCAAAAAAGUUAACAAGGCUUUACUAAUGGAGUUAGAAAAGUAUAAAAACUCAUUAAUGAACGUUGGAUCUGAGCAGUCAGGCUUUAAUACAAUGAAACUUUAAUAUCAAUAGCCAUUAGCAAUUCAAGAGGAUGAUUCAAAAUAUCAAAAGAAGUAAAACUCAACUUCAAAGCUGAAAGCAAAGAUUGAUUAGGCUUUAAAAUAGAAUCCUGAUGAUAUUAAUGAUAUGAUUUAUGAUGAAGAAGGAGGUGAAAAUACAGACUUUAAGUAUAAAGACGAGUUCGAUGAUAUAGAUUACAAAUACUUAGAAGAUGGAGAUGGAGGAGCGAGAGCCUCGGACUAUAAAUUUUUACAAUCAUAACUCUUGAGUACUGCUUAAAAGGAAAGAACUCAAAAACUAGAAUAAAGAGCUAUAGAACCUCCUGUAUCCAAUAGUGGAAUGGUUUCAAUUGAAGAAUACAGAAAAAUUGUUUAGGAGAACGCUGAAUUAAAGGAAAGAGAGAUUAAGUAUACUGAAACAAUAAGGCAUCUGAAAAAUUAGAUAGACUCUGAAAAGAAGAAUGCUAGAUCUUUGAGAGCUGAUAAAGUUAACUUCAUGAUGCAAAGAAAUGAACUAGAAGAAUUUUUCCUGUAAUGUAUCGAAGAAGUUCGUAAAGAUAUAGUGAAGAGGAAAUCAAUUACAACUAGCUAUUAAUCAAAGAAGAAUUUGAAGAGAUCAACAUCUACAGCAUCUAUGUCAAAGCAAGGAAGCCAAGCAUACUAGGAAGAAAAUUAAAUCCCAAAUGCUAAACUUGAUUAAUAUACAGCAACUGAUAAAAGGAAAGUAAUUGAACUGUUGAUGUCUAAUGAAAAUGUCUUACUAUUCCUCUAUGAAAAGUUGUUUCCUGCCACUAAUUUAUCUUCGCAAAGCACAUAAUCAAGAUAAAAUACUGCUGCAAUGAGUUUGGGAAGUGGUAUGAGAUUCACUACUGAUUCUGGCAUUCCCAUAGGAAAUCCUUAUAUUGGAUCAUAAUCAACAAUGCAAGGAAGGUCUUAAACUUCCGUGGGUGGAUCUAGGAUUAAUAUUAACAGAGCCAAUAUGAAUUCACUAGGAGGAUUCGGUGGUGGAAUUGAUCCCAAUGUUAUCACAUAGAGUACCUUACCAUAAGCGACUGCUGCAGGAAUGAGCAUUUAGAACAAUAUCUAAAAUCUAAAUCUAAACAUCAACCUUUCAAAAGGAGCAUAUGGAGCACAAUAAUUCUUACCCUAAUCAUUCACAAAUAAUAGAGGCGCUACAGCUCCUAUAGGAUAAGCCAGAACCAAAAAGGGAAUGCAAGUUUAAUUAAAUGCUUUGGGCAAGGGCAAUAAAUAUGCUAUUUGA